AGAGUGAGUCUAGAGAUAGGAGUGGGACCGUGGCAGGGAGAAAACACGAAAAAACCCCAUUGUUGGGUGCUCCAUUCCAUGGCGUCCCUUCUCCGGCCCACCUCGUCGUCGUUCCGCCUCUCCUCAUCCCCGCUCCCCGCAUCUCCACCCAUCUCCCCUUCCCGGCGGCGCAAGGCACCUCCCGCGCCACUCGCGUCCCCCGCUCCUCCUUCCCGGCCCCGCGCCGUCGCCGCGGCAGCCUACGGAGGAGGCGCCGCCCCCGUCGACACGCAGACGUUCAUCAUCGCCGCGUCCGUCGUCGGCGCCGUCUCCCUGUCCCUCGUCCUCGGCCUCAAGGGGGACCCUGUUCCGUGCGAAAGGUGUGCUGGAAAUGGGGGCACAAAGUGUGUUUUCUGCAGCGAUGGCAAAAUGAAGGCAGACAACGGGGUGGUCGAAUGCCGGGUAUGCAGAGGAGCAGGGCUGAUACUCUGCAAGAAGUGCGCAGGUUCUGGUUACUCUAAGCGCUUGUAGCCGCAGCUAGCAGACAUUGUGCUUUCCGUCAACAGGAUAAGUUGCACAUUUACGUGUGAAACUGAGCGCUGUACAGAUAGAUAGAGAACUGAUCUCUAUUGCCGAAUUGUUCAUAUAGGGAAAAUAUGAGAUUGAGAUGAUGUAUUUGCAUCUACAAAAUUGUACGUAUCUUUGCCCAUGUAA